AAUAGUUCUUUAUUGGUAAUCUUAAGAAUUGUUGCAAUAAUUUGACCACAAUAAUGUUAGUAUAAAUUAUUUAAAAAAUUGUUAUAAAUAUCCUUUUCAGCAUUAGAACAAUUGAAGAAAAGAAAUAUGCAUACAACAAAGUUGUUGUCAGGAUAUGAUAUGCCCACUGUGGGAUUGGGUACAUGGCAGGCUAAACCUGAAGAAAUUGAAAGUGCUGUAAUAAUUGCUUUAGAGGCUGGCUAUAGACACAUUGAUACUGCAUUUAAUUAUAAUAAUGAAGAAGCAAUUGGAGCAGUAUUAAAGAAAUGGUUUGAAAAAGGUGGAAACCGUAAAGACCUUUUCAUCACUUCAAAGUUACCUCAUUAUGGUAAUCGACCAUCAGAUGUAGAAAAGUUUAUUAAUUUAUCAUUAAAAAAACUUGGUUUGGAUUAUUUGGAUAUGUACUUAAUCCAUAUGCCUUUUGCCUUCAAAUUAAAUGAGAGUACUUAUACUUCAGCAACUAAUGAAGAUGGAAGUUAUGUGUUAGACCUUGAUACAGAUCCUGUUUCAGUGUGGAAGGAAAUGGAAGAACAAGUAAGAAAAGGUCGUACAAAAUCUAUAGGCUUAAGUAAUUUUAAUGAGAAACAAGUUUUAAAUAUAUGGGAGAAUGCACAAAUUAAGCCAAGUAAUUUACAGGUAGAAUUACAUGCUUAUUUACAACAAAAUUCACUUCGACAAUUGUGUCAAACGCGCAAUAUUAUCGUAACCGCCUAUAGUCCCCUAGCAUCACCAGGAGCCAAAACGCACUUUCAAACAAAAUACAAUCAUAAUGUUGAAGAUUUUCCAGAUCUUCUGGGACAUCCAAUAGUACAAAAAAUAAGCACAGAAUACAAACGAUCAACGGCACAAAUUUUAUUACGUUAUUUGUUACAAUUAAGUGUCGUUGUAAUUCCAAAAAGUUCAUCUCCAGAAAGAAUUAAAGCAAAUAUUGAUAUAUUUGAUUUUGAAUUGAAAGCAGAAGAAAUGGAACUUCUGAGCACCCUAGACAAAGGCGCACAUGGGAGAAUUUUUAAUUUUCUGUUCUUUAAAGGGGUUGAGAAUCAUCCACAUUACCCGUUUAAAGAUGAAUUACAGUCCUAA